UACUGUAGGGUCAGGCUUUUGACCUAUUCUGUAUACGCUGUGUAUAGUAAUGCCUGAUACUGUUUGUGGCAGUAGCUUGUCUAAAAGGGGCUUGACCAAGUUAAGGUCAUGCUCGAAUCUGGCCUUAGGAUCGAGGGCCAGUGACUCCUCCACUUUGUGGAGAAUGAGAGACCUGUCAGAGAGAUCGGGUUUGCUUUCCGUGACUUUCUUGCUCUGAGGCGUAGGUAUGUUUCUAUCCUUCUUGGGGGGUGUUGCCAAAGUGUUAUCCUUAUCUCGCUUUUUGCGAGAGACUACAUUGCGCCAUUCAUUGGCGUCCUCCUCGCUAAUCGUAAUGGGGUUUAUCUGUCUGCUGCUCACCGGUGUGGAUGAGGCUUGUUCCGCCAGUCCCUGGGCGACUGGAGCUGCAGGUUUUCGACCCCUGGUACGCCUCUUCUUCACGGCAGUCUUUCCAUUACUGUCACUGGAGGGCUUAUCCAGUAUCGUGGGGGAAGCCUGGGUGUCUGGAAUGUGGUGGGUGUUCUUCUGUGCUGUAGGGCACUCACUUAUUGGCAAGGUCGCAUCGGGGACAUGUGCUGUUUUGUCAAUGACGCUAGUCACGUCAUCGUUAUCUGAGCAAUAGUCGGUAUUCUUCUGUGGUGGAGGACGCUUGCAGUCCAUGAGCUUUAAAGCCCCACUGAGAGUAGCAAUGGCUUCUGUAAUACGGAGUUUAGUUGUACUACAGCAGUCGUUGCACAACCAGUUUGCUAGAGGUUUGCAGCAGCGUUUGUAUGCUGCUAGAGUAAGGUUCGUGCACAUACUGUGAAACCAUCUCUUGCAGUUAUCACACUGCAUUCCCUCAUCCACUGGAAACUGGCACAUAGCCCUUCCGCAGAGGUUUAUUUUGAUAGGCAUUUUAUUUAAAA